CAAACAAAUUGGACGCUCGCUCGAUAUAAAUACUCGUAACGAUGUUAGUGUGUUUUAGCUACACGUGUACGGCGGUUGUCUAGUCAUUUUGUUUUGAUACAAUUAUAAAAACAAGCAUUGUUAGGCGAUCAGCAAUGAGGGUGAAUACGAUCGCCAGGAUGUGCAUCCGACCACACCCAAAAUGCAAAACAGUUUUCUCUCGAUACUUGAGCACGGAGUCGCCGAAACCUUUCGAAUAUGUGCCUGGCUUAAAAGCUUUGCCGAUUAUAGGGGUCCUGCAUCAUUUUAUACCCAUUUUUGGCACUGUUGGGUUCCAAAAGAACUUUUUCAACAUGUUUGAUAUUUUGAACAAAAAGUUUGGGCCCAUUGUGAAAAUUGAUGGUAUUUUCGGUAGAGGUACAAUGGUUGUGCUUUUUGAGCCAGAGGACUAUGAGAAGGUUUAUAGGGCUGAAGAAACAAAUCCUCUUCGGCCAGGAGUACAAGCCUUGGAUUAUUACAGAGAAGUUCUACGGAAAGAGAGAUAUGAUGGAGUCUACGGCCUAACAUCUGCACAAGGGGAGAAAUGGCGUGAUUUCCGUACGAAAGUAAAUCCGGCGUUACUGAAACCAAAACUUGUCAAAUUAUACGCUCCAGGGCUUGAACAGAUAGCUGAAGAUUCAAUUGCAAGGUUACUCAGAUUUAAAGAUGAGCCUAAAGAAUUCAGUUCAGAAAUAACCAAAUGGUCGUUAGAAUCAGUGGCCCUAGUUGGACUAGGAAAUAGACUAGGCUGUCUUCAAGACAAUUUACCAGCAGACCACCCUAGCCAGAAACUAAUGUAUUGCUCGAAGACCAUCGCAGAUCUAAUGUUCAAACUGGAAUUUAUACCAAAUUGGAACAAGGAAAAGUCUACAAAUUUCAAGAAAAUGAUGGAGAUGUAUGACCUACAGUGGGAUGUAAGCGAAAUGUAUAUCAAUCAAGCGAAAAAGCAAAUUCGUGAGAGAGGUCACGACGUGCCCGACGAAGACCAAAGCAUUCUGGAGAAAUUGCUUGCUAUAGAUGAGAGGGUGGCGGUUAUGAUGGCAAACGAAAUGCUUUUAGCUGGAAUUGAUACGGUGGCGUUUACAGUUACCGGUCUUUUAUACCAUCUGGCCAUAAACCAAGAAGCGCAAGAGAAAGUUCGUCGAGAGAUACGCGAGCAGAAAAGCGCGCGAUAUUUAAAAGCUUGUUUGAAAGAGUCCAUGAGGCUGAUGCCAAUAUUACCUGGCAAUCUACGCCAAACAUCGAAGGAACAUGUAGUAGGCGGAUAUCUGAUUCCAAAAGGGGUAUUCGCUGUAACGCCUAAUGAGAAUUUAUCAAAAUCGGAGAAACACUAUGUCCGAGCAAAGGAAUUCAUCCCAGAAAGGUGGUUGGCUGAAAAAUCGGAUCCUUUGUAUCAUGGCAACACUCAUCCUAUGGUAACGUUACCAUUCGGAUUCGGAGUGAGAUCUUGUAUUGGUCGACGAAUUGCUGAAUUGGAAAUAGAGAUAUUUACAAAGAAGUUGUUGAACACAGUCAGAGUUACUUGGACUGGACCACCAUUGCAAGUAAUUACCAAACUUAUGAAUGAAUUUAGGACUCCAUAUCAUUUCAAAUUUGAAAAUAUUGAUUAGUUAAUUAGUUGUCCCUGUCUGGCUUAGCGUUUUUACAGUUAUAUCUUUAGUUUUUACUGUGAAUUAAUAGAUAAAGCUAAUCAGUAAAUAAAUAAUUCGCAUUUCAAUUAUUCUUAAUUUGUAUACGUUUUAAUGAAAUUAUGUACAUCUUACCAAUAUAAUGAAAUAUGUGUAAACUAUAA